GGGAGUUCAAACCCGAAACUCACCCCCUCCCUCAGCCCUUUGCUACGCAACUGGCGGUAUUGUUCAGUUAUUCAAAUAUUACUGCAAUAACAUGGCAAAGUUUAAUAACUUCAUACUUUCACUUUGUCCAUUUGUGUCCUAUAAUCGUAUUUGUUUCAUAUUUAUAUUAUAUUCAUAUGAUUAUGCAAUUAGUCAAGUUAGUGAUAAAACACCACAAUUACAAAAUGCGACUGUAAAAAUCUGAAUUUUAAUACGAGGCUUAUUUGGAAUGAGAAUUUAAACACUAAUGUGAUCCUUAUAAUGAAAUCGAACAGAAUAGAUUAGACUUAAUUCCUGAAAAUACACAAAAGGUUAUUUGUGUAACUGAGAGUUUAACAUCUCCACAUUUAGCUCACCACCAAUUCAUCAUGUCAAGAAUUAAUCACACACAAAACACAUUAUUUGAUGCAACUUUCAUAACGAUAGUUUUGACUGACAAUUUCAGAUUGUUAUUUCCACACAAGAUGUCGCUGUAGACCGUGAGUUGGAGUUAUUGACACAAUAUUAAUACUCCGCCUAACGCAGAAAAGAAGAACAGAGCGUCACAUACUUCUGACAUCAGCAGAGCUCGUGUAUUUUUCUUUUUCCUGCAGACACUGGAUUAAAUAAAAGAACACUUUCGACUUGUUUUUUGUUGUUGUGAAUAUCCAGUAAAGGAAGCGAUGGUUGUAUCGGACAGCACUCGCUCUGCCUGGAUGAAGGCUCUGCUGCUGCUUUGUUUAUGGGAUUUGUGUUACGGUCAGAUUUCCUACUCGGUUUCAGAGGAGGCCAAGAAGGGAACCGUUGUUGGAAAUCUAGCGAAGGAUCUCAAUCUCAGUGUGCAGGAACUGGAGUCGCGCAUGUUUCAGCUUGUUACUGGAUCUAACGCCAAGUAUUUCGAGGUAAAUCGGAAAACAGGCAUUUUAUUGGUUAAUGACAGAAUAGACCGAGAGGAGCUGUGUGAAAGCAAACAGAAAUGCGUACUGAAUGUCGAAGCGAUCAUCCACAAUCCUCACAAGCUCUACCGUGUGGAAAUUAAUAUAGUAGACAUUAAUGAUAACUCUCCGGUGUUUCCCCGUCAAUCAGUUGCUUUGAAUAUUAGUGAAAAUGUGCUUCCGGGAGAUCGAUUUCCAUUAACUAAAGCACGUGACAUGGACAUCGAUAAUAACUCAGUGAAAACCUAUAAAAUGAGCACAAAUGAAUAUUUCUCAUUGGACAUACAGAGUGAUUCGGCUGAACUGGUCCUUCAGAAAUCUCUGGACCGAGAGAGAGAAUCGGUGAUCAAGCUCGUGCUGACUGCUGUAGACGGCGGGACUCCUCCCAGAUCUGGAACAAUGCAGAUCGUUAUAAACGUAUUGGAUGCAAAUGAUAACAGCCCUGUUUUCACCACACCUCUGUAUAAAAUCAAGGUGAAUGAGAAUGCACCCACAGGAACAAAACUUCUCACGGUUUCCGCAUCAGAUGCAGAUGAGGGUAUUAACAGCGAGCUGUCGUACUCCAUUAUUACCGAUGACGAACACUCGGCGUUAGACUUGUUCUCCAUAAAUCCUGUUUCUGGUGAUAUUAUUGUCAAAGGUAAUAUUAAUCAUGAGGACAGUCCCGCCGUGGAGCUUAGAAUUCAGGCUCAGGACAAAGGACAUCCACCAAGAAUGUCACGAUGCAAAGUAUUAAUUGAAGUAGUGGAUGUGAAUGACAAUGCACCAGAGAUAUCAGUCACUCUUCUCAUGAGCUUUGUAAGCGAGGACAUCAAACCUGGCACAGAUGUUGCAUUAAUCACUGUAUCAGAUAAAGACAGCGGAACGAAUGGUAAAGUAGAUUGUAAAAUUCUAGCACCGAGUCCUUUUAAAUUACAACUAUCAUAUAAAAACUCUUACGCUCUUGUUGUCAAUGAAGCUUUGGACAGAGAGCGGGUCUCCCAAUAUGAUGUUACAGUUCUAGCUAAUGAUGAGGGAACUCCUUCCCUCUCGAGCAGUAACGUUAUAACAGUUCAUGUCUCUGAUGUGAAUGAUAACGCGCCUUUAUUUCCUGCACCGAUGAUAAAUAUUGGCGUGAAAGAGAAUAGUCCAGUUGGAGGGCUGAUGGCAUCACUAACGGCACGAGACUUAGACAUCGGUGAAAAUGCCCUUGUUUCGUAUUCUUUAAUUGAUGCAGAGGGCAGCAGAGUAUCAAAUCUGAUGAACAUUAACGCACACACCGGUGAACUGUACAGCCUGAAGUCUUUCGAUUACGAAGAAACCAAACGACUUCAGUUUAAAGUUCAAGCCACUGACUCUGGUGUCCCUCCACUAAGUAGUAACGUGACUGUGAACAUUUUUAUCCUGGAUGAGAAUGACAACAGUCCAGUUUUUCUCCCUCCUUAUUCUGAACCUGGAUCAGUAAACAGUGAGAACAUUCCCUACUCUGCUGAAGCGGGGUAUUUUGUGGCUAAAGUCAGAGCUGUAGACGCUGAUUCAGGUUAUAAUGCACUAUUGUCUUAUCACAUGACCGAACCAAAGGGAACGAAUCUCUUCCGAAUCGGAACCAGCACAGGAGAAAUAAGGACUAAAAGACGAAUGAGUGACAAUGACUUAAAAGCUCACCCGCUUAUCAUUACUGUCUCGGAUAAUGGAGAACCUUCACUGUCCACAACUAUGAGUAUUGAAGUUGUGGUUAUGGAAAAUAUGGACAGCGUGCAGCCUUCACUAAGACAAGUGCCAGUAAAGGAGGAGAAUUUUUCUAAUCUGAAUCUCUAUCUGCUCAUUGCUGUUGUCUCAGUGUCAGUGAUAUUUUUAGUUAGCCUCGUCGGUUUAAUAGUAGCUAAAUGCUACGGGACAGACGGCGGUUUCAGCAGCUCCAGCGCUCCAGUGGUCACUACACACCCUGACGGGAGCUGGUCUUACUCUAAAUCCACUCAGCAGUAUGAUGUGUGUUUUAGCUCAGACACACUGAAGAGUGACGUAGUGGUUUUCCCCUCACCGUUUCCGCCUGCAGACGCAGAGCUGAUCAGCAUUAAUGGAGGAGACACUUUUACUCGAAAUCAAACUCUUCCCAGCACUGGGAAGGUAAGACCCCGUUUAAUUUGGUAUAUUCCAAUGUUUUUGAGCCGUUAUAGUUGAUUGUAAA